GACUUCCGCCGGGGCGACCCACGCGGCCAGCCCAGGGCACACCUUUCCCGGACGUGCUGCCCGGGGCUCGGAUCCUUGCUUUCCGCCGCCUUGCGCUCCAUGGUUGCCUCCCGGGUCCCGACCCGUAGAUGGGUGGCAGCGGCCAGGGCGGCCCAGAGGCGCCCCCGUGUGGACAGCCUGGCUGAGCCUCGGAGUCCUGAGCCGGCGAGCACGCGCGCGGCGCUUUAUGUGCACUGGCCCUAUUGCGAGAAGCGCUGCAGCUACUGCAACUUCAACAAGUACAUCCCCCGCGGCGUGGAGGAGGGGGCCGUGCGGAACUGCCUGGUGACCGAGGCGCGGACGCUGCUGCGGCUCAGCGGGGUGCAAAGGGUGGAGUCUGUGUUCUUCGGGGGCGGAACCCCGAGUCUGGCCAGUCCGCACACCGUGGCUGCCGUCCUGGAGGCCGUGGCACAGGAGGUCCACCUGCCUGCAGAUGCGGAAGUCACCCUGGAGGCUAACCCAGCUUCGGCCCCCGGGCCCAGGCUGGCAGGGUUUGGAGCAGCGGGAGUCAACAGGUUGUCCGUCGGUUUACAGUCCCUGGAUGACACGGAGCUGCAGCUGCUGGGUCGGACUCACUCAGCCAGAGACGCUUUGCAGACCCUGGCGGAGGCCAGGCGCCUCUUCCCCGGCAGAGUGUCCGUGGAUCUGAUGCUGGGCCUGCCGGCACAGAAGGUGGAGCCGUGGCUUCAACAGCUUCGGAAGCUGCUGUGCCACUGUGACGACCACCUCUCCCUCUACCAGCUGACCUUGGAACGGGGCACCGCGCUCUUUGCUCAGGUGCAGCAGGGCACCCUCCCAGCCCCCGACCCAGACCUCGCCGCUGAGAUGUACCAGGAGGGCAGGACGGUCCUCCGAGACGCUGGCUUUCGCCAGUAUGAGGUCUCCAACUUUGCACGGAACGGGGCGCUCAGCACUCACAACUGGACUUACUGGCAGUGCGGUCAGUACCUUGGCAUUGGGCCUGGAGCCCAUGGACAGUUUGUGCCCCGGGGAUCCGGAAGCCACACCCGGGAAGCACGGAUCCAGACGCUGGAGCCCGACAACUGGAUGAAAGAGGUGAUGCUGUUUGGCCACGGCACGCGGAAGUGCGUCCCCUUGGGCAAGCUGGAGCUGCUGGAGGAGGUUUUGGCCAUGGGGCUGCGCACUGACGUGGGGGUCACGCACCAGCACUGGCAGCAGUUCGAGCCCCAGCUGACCCUGUGGGGCGUGUUUGGAACAAGCAAGGAGGUGAAGGAGCUGCUAGCACGGGGUCUGUUGCUGCUGGACCACAGGGGCCUCCGGUGUUCCUGGGAAGGUCUGGCUGUGCUGGACUCACUGUUAUUGAUCCUCCUGCCUCAACUCCAAGAAGCCUGGCGGCACAUGACCCCCUCACCCGUGUCAGGAGGAUGACCAGACGUUCCCGUAUCGUAGGGCAACACCAGUUGGACCUGGAGGGCCAGGGCAGCAUGGUGGGCAUCUCUCCCUGGUCUGCAGGUGCCGCUCUGCCAUCUCUGCUCUGAGCUGUUAUUGCUUGGCUCUGGCCUCCCCAUGGGAAUGGCUGUGGUGGACUAGGUGGAAGGAGGUCUUUGGUCCAGGGACCGGCAUCCCACGUAGCAUCCCAGGAGUCACAGAUCAGCACGUGUUCCUGACAAGGGCGUCCUCAUCACACACUGGCUUUUGUUCUCUCUUUUUGGACACCAACUAACAAGCGAUAUUGGGAAAUCUUUCUACAGGGAAUCAUAUCCCUCAGGGAAGCCUCCCUUAUUCUAGAGUGAAGCCCUGAGUUAGCUUGUCUGAUUCAGUAGAACUAAAUCCCCUCCAGAUACCUUAAAUGAGGAAUAGAGGGGUGAGAUUUUUACGAAGCCAUUUGAGGGGCUGGAGAGAUGGCUCAGUGGUAAGAGCACUGUUUUCUCAUCCCAUCCAGAGGAGCAGGGUUCAAUUCCUAGCAGCCACAUGGCAGCUCACAACCAUCUGUAACUCCUAUCCAGGAGAUCUGGCACCUUCUAAUGACCUCAGGAGGUACCAGGCACAUAUGUGGAUACAUGGAUAGUCCUGCAGGCAAAACAUUCUUAUGUAUAAAACGAAAAUAAAUUAAUCUUUUAAAAAAAAAAACAUA